AUGAAGUCACGCUAUUUUUCAUGCAUUACAGCUUUGGAGACAACAGAUGGAAAAGUUUACUUCACUGACCAACAGUUCAUUAUAGAACAUCUCAUUGACUUAGAGUCGAAAUAUUCUAAACUUUACAACAAACACAAAAAGUUGAAAGGAAAACAAAAACAAAUGGCAUAUGAUAUUUAUGAAGAUGUUGACGACACAACUGUUCCUGCAAGUGAAGUAAAGUCAGAGGAACCGAAAAGUGACGAAAAACCGAUAGAAGAAGAGAAACCAAAAACUGAAGAUAAACCAAAACCAAAGUUUAGUUUCCAAACUAAACCAAGUCAACCUUCAUUAGCUGGUAUGGGUUGGCGUCAAAGACUUAUGGCAGCAGGCGGUUAUGUAAAGUAA